CAACCUUUGACCCAGCUUGGAAGCUGGAAAGAUGGCAGGGUUGAGAAAUGAAGCCCGGUUGUCGUUGGAAAUUCGAACUAAAUCUAUUGAACAGACGUUGAUUCCAUUGGUAACACAGAUUACAACCCUUGUAAACCAUAAAGAGAAAGCUCGCUUUACAGAGAAGACAAGUCGGUCAUUGAUCAGAGUAGGACAAGGUGUAGCACUGGCUGUAGAAAAGUUUGUCUCCGUUGGACAGACAAUUGCGGCAGAAAACAUGGAAAUAUCUGAGGAUAUGUGUGAGGCUUGUGAGGAAGCCAGAAUGGCGGGAUCUACAAUACAAAGACUAACUAUGAUUGUGCCAUCAAAAGGAAAUAAAACAGUUACAGAGAAAACAGCCAUGGUUAGGUCAGCUCGACAGUUACUGUCAGCCAUUACAAGGGUCCUGCUGCUGGCGGAUAAAGUUAUUGUUAAACAGCUUUUAGUAUCUAAGGACAAGGUUUUGAAUGCCUUGAAUGACCUUGAUAAAGUGACCUCAUUUACAGACUUUGUGAAUUACUUCAGCAAGUUUGGGAAUGAUAUGGUAGAACUUGCCCAUCUUACAGGGGACAGGCAAAAUGAUCUAAAAAGUGAGAAACACAGAGCACAAAUGGGUGCAGCCAGAGCCAUAUUAGAGAGAUCAACUUCAAUGUUGCUACCAUCAUGCAAGACAUGUUUAAGACACCCAGACUGUGGAACAGCUAAAAGAAACAGGGACUGUGUCUUCAAACAGAUGAGACAAGCUCUGAACAUGAUACAUUUCAUUGUGACAGAUGGAGGAUGUAGUCAGAUGAACGGUCACAGUUCACCGAUUACAAAUGGGGAUUCUGGGAUUGGUUUAGAUAAUGUUCAUCCAUUGGCCAGUAAAGCAUUGAAAGAUUUAGAGGAAGCAGUAGAGUUGACCAGAGUUACUGGUGUGUCUGGUCAGUCCUGUGAGAAGUUACACAGUGCCUUGGAUAGUGUGAUUGAGACUGCUCAGGACUUCACUGACUCCGCCUACACAUCACAUGACAAUAGGGAGAAAAUAGUGCAGUCAUGUGACCAACUUAAAAGUGAUCUGCAAACAGUUUUUGAGAAAUCAUCUAGUCAGAAUCAGAAUGAUUUGUUAUCUACACAGGAAGCAGAGACUGCUGUUUUGAAAACUAUAACAUCAGUUAAUGGCCUCAAGAAACAGCUUCAAGAAACAGCUAUGGACCAAGCAUCAGAAUUAUUCAAAGCAAAUGAAGACCAUGACCUAUUAAAAUGUCUCAAACUUGGUGGAAUCAAUGGGAAUGUCAAGAAAGUAGAUGAACUGUCAGUUAAAUUUGAAGAACACAGAGAACAGCUUGAGGAGGUGUGUAAGCUGUUCCGACAUAUAGCUACAACAGAGCCACUGGUCAUUACAGCUGAACAUAAUGAGUAUGUUCUUAGGAAUAUAGGGGAGAUGGUUUUGCUAGCUGCCAGAACACUUGCAGAAUAUUCCAAUAGUAAAAUUGCUCGAGAAAAUCUGGAGAAUUUUGCAGAGGCAUGGGAGAGUCAGAUUAAUGACCUUUCUGUUCUGGUAAAGGAAGUCAAUGAUUUUUGUCAAGGACGUAUGGAUAAACCUGUUUAUUUGUCAUUACCAAGACCAGGGACAGCACCUAACACACCACAAAAACAUGGUACAUCUAUGAGAGGACCAAGACCAAUCAAGCUUGAUGCCGAGGAACAAGCCAAAAUUGCCAAGUUGGGGCUGGAGAUGAAAUUGAUUACAUCUGAGAUGGAUGCUGAAACAGACAAGUGGGAGGAGCCAGACAAUGACAUUGUCAAGCGAGCCAAAAACAUGUCAAGCAUGGCAUUUUCUAUGUAUCUGUUUACAAGAGGGGAGGGACCAUUGAAAACAACACAAGAUCUGUUUGUACAGGCUGAAUAUUUCUCAGAAGAAGGAUAUAAACUGUACAAAUCUGUCAGGGAGUUUGUUGAUAGGGUACCAGUUUGUGCACACAGAGAUGAACUGCUUUCCUAUCUUGAGAAGAUUCCUCCCUCAUGUCAACAACUACACUCCACAUUGAAAAUCUCCACUGUAGGUAAAGCAGCUACAUUCAGCAAGGUUGAUGGUGCUAUUCAGGAAACAAAGAACUUGAUGAAUGUCAUUGCUAAGGUUGUCACUACAUCAUUUAUAUGUGCUACAAAGUAUAGCAUAGACUAUCGUAGAUCCCCAGGAGGAACAAGACGAUGGCGAACGUCCUACGAGAACAGGUCCAGUAGUGACAGCGAAUCAAUGCACAGCAGUACACAAUCAGAUGGUCUUAAUAGAAGUUCAUCAUCAAAUAGACAGUUCUCAAGUAACAACAGUCUGGAAAAAGAAUCUUAGCGUUAAUAUUAGUCGUCGUUGUAAAUCCACGUCAUAAAACUACACUCAGUACUCAGAGUACACAAUGUGUGCUUGAAACAUCCAAACCAGAAUUUUGAAUGGUUGAUUUCUGAGUCUGAGAAUGAUAAUCGUAAUGGAAAGUUUUAUGACUACUGAGAGCUGUUCCAUAAAAACAUACAUGGGACCUAGAGAAGGCACUUCAAAAUCUCAAAUAUGAGUGGGUAUCAAAUAUUUGUUUGUAACAUUUUUAAAUUGUUUAGGUUAUUCUCUUACUUUCAAAAUGCUUUCACUAGGUAUCAUAUAUGUUUUAAUGAAACAGCCCUGGUGUUCAAGCUGCUACUUGGUGAUGUUCAGUGAAAUAGGAUUUGAGGCUUUUCUUUACUAUAUAUUUAUAGACUAAAAUGACAAAAUCAGGAUGGAAAAAAAAAACAUUUGAGCUGUGUCAGAUAGAAUUUGACCUUGUGCAAGUGCAUGUAUACAUGUACAUGUAUAAGACUUUGAUUGAUUUUGGAACAUUCAAAUACGAAAUAAAAGAUGAAUUUUGGUCUAUUUUGUAGAGUUCUUAUAACAAAUCAAUUUUCAAACAGUUACAGACUUUCUGUAUAGAUUUUUUCAUCCAGAAAUAUGUUAACAGAUGCACUGAUAAUCAAUUGCAUAAGGUCAAUUUCUAUCCGAUGCAGCUCAUUUGUUAUGUGUCAAGUCCUGUUUCAUACCAUUAAGUUAAGAACAAUUCAUUUAUAUGUGUGCAACUUUUAAGAAAUAUUUAUAGGAACAGGAAAAGAAUCUUCCAGUCCACUGUGUACAUGAAAGUAGUCACACACUCUUCCUACAAACAAGUGAUAAUUCUAUUAUCUGCUAAUGAAAUAACAAAUGACUCUAGAUCUUGGAAGAAAAAAACGGCAGUUAGCUUAGAAAAAUUUAAAAUAGGAAGUUUUUCAUUGUGGUGCGAUUUUUUACAGGAUUUACUGCUUACAUAGGAGAAUUAAUGAAAUUCUCACAUUGACAAAUCACAAAUGAGCGCCCUUUUUUCGAAAGCAGGGAGGGAUGGAGUUUGGGCAAUUUCCUUGGAGGGUGUAGCAACAAUUGUUUUCUGUUUGAAAAAUCUGUUCUGAAUCAGUACAGUAAAAUACAAAAAGAAUACAAAAAAAAAAAAGUAAUGUUCAUAUAUAUACCAUUGAAGCAUUCCUUUUCUUUUAGAUACCCACUAUUAACAGAAAAUUUUUACUGAUCUUUUGAUAUUUUAUAAAAGUUGCCAUCUAAUUUGAGCAAGUAUUUGCAAGAUAAACAAGAGCAGUGUUUCAAUGAAAAGUAUACUUUUUGUGUAGAAAUUGUACAUUUUGAAUUAUUCAAUAAUUCUCACUUUUAGAGGAUUUAUGAAUUUAAAUGUAUAUUAAUCCAUACGUUUUACAGUUUUGUCUUUUUUUUAUUUGUUCAUGUGUGUUAGUGAAAUAUUUGUGUGAUGUUGACCAUGAUAAUGUGUAAAUAUUUAAAACUUUUUGAUUAAUAUUUGCCUGCUUUAAUUAGAAAAUAUCCAAAAUGAUUGUGUGUAUCUAUUUAUAGAUUACAGUCAAACCAGCUGUAAAGGUCACUUUUUUUUAAAAAGAUCCCGUCUUAUCAGGACACCCUGUUCUUGUCCUUCUGUAGUAAUACCUAUGCCCUUUAAACCUCAAUUCAAAGGUCACCAGCUCUCUUAUGAGGUCAGUUUUCUCUGGUCCCUAGAGUGCAUUUCAUAUACAGGUUCUACUGUAUAUAUGUUUGACUGUCGUCUGCUUUGAAAACAGAGAGGAGAUAGUAAGUGUCAAUCACAAACCAUAAAAUAAAACAAAAACAGACAAGGGACCUUUUACUUGAUGGUAAUAGUUAGAGUUAAGGUUAAGGUAAGAUAUGGACAUGGGUACCCGAUAAGUUUAUUGCAGGGGCCAGGCAUAAUAUCCCCAACUACUAAUUUGACCAGUUUCACUUAAUGAAAUAAAGGCCAUAUUUUUGUAUGUGUGUUCUGUUUUUUUUUUAUUUCUCAAGAAGUAAACUGUUCAUCAUUUUAUAUUAUUACACUGAGUUUGAAAAUGCCAAAGAAAAUUUAUAAUUUGAUUAAGAAUAAGGUUGUAUUUUAAAAUUUUUACCUCUUUUUCUUGUGUUCAAAUUUUAUGGUCUGUUAUUGAUUGACAGAAGGUCAAAUGAGCACCUUUUCAUGUAACUUUUGUCAAUCAAUUUCCUGGCUAUUCUAUUAAAAUGAAGGUGGAAGGGUAGCUAUAGGAAUUUUUAUUUUUGGACAUGAGUAGGGGGUCAUUAAUGGUUGUAUGUUCAUUUAAAGUAUGUAAAAUUACUCACAGAAUUUAUUUUUUUGUGAAGGUGAUUUUGGAAGUUCCUUCUACUGUUCACAUCUAUUUUAAUAGAAUAGCUCUCAUAAUAAAGAAAUUAGUUUAUCAUUGCACCAAUGCAUUACAUAGGUUGCUAUCAAAUAUUGAACAUUUUAAUUGUAUAUUUUAAUAAAGUGUAUUAUGUGACCUGAAUUGUUGCUUUUGUUUUCUCUGAUAUCCAUUAAUUGUAAAGCAAGAUAUUAUUCUAUGCUAGAAAAAAAUUUUGUAAGGUCUCAUCUGAUUGGCCCACGUCGGCGUUUUGCAUUUGCGCUGAUCUGCAUUUUACUUGCGCUGAUUUUUUCUUUCACUUGUGUCGAUUUUUUCUUUUAUUUGCGCCGAUUGUGUACAGGUAAAUUAUAGGUGAAUUGUCAAUUAUAACAUGUAUAUAACUAUUAUCUCUUUCUAACCACGGGGAGGGGAAGUCGAAAUUUUGAGCAGAAUAAGUCAAUUUAAAAGAUUAAAGAACUCUGUUUACAUCCACUAAAAUCACAGAAUAAAAAUCUAUUUACAGCAUUCAAUAGCACAACAUUAAAAUCCAUAAAAACAGAAUACAAUGAAUUAUAAAUCUGUUCUUGCUGAGUAUUUAUAUGCUACACAACUGAUGAAUUCCUUCCUUGUAAUUUCAUCUCUUCUGAACUUGUUGUACUUGCCGAUAACGAAGUCCAUCUUUUCUUACUCCGGCUUUCGUACAGAGGCGGGCAUUUCAAGAGUUAUCAUUUUGCCAUAAGUAACGGCCUGGGUUUUCUUAAUGACAUCCAUAAAGACAUAUAUGUUAGGGUGGUGUGAAUAGAACUGUUCAUUAUAAUGCGAAUGAAACGAUUCUGGACCGUUUUCGUCCUCUUACAGUUUUCAACGGGUGCAGCAGCCCAGAAAUAGGAGCAAAUAUAGAAUUGUCGCUAAUGAAAGAAUCAAAUCGUCGCAAAUGAAAGAUAGAAAAUUUUUUUAAAUCGGCGCAAAUGUCAUACGCCCGCCCACGUCACUUAAAUGAGGAAUUCUAAUUCUGAAAAUGUUUUUGUUUACAUUAACCACACACUCCCUGAAACUAAAAAUAGACAAAAUCAUUCCAGCUAUAAUCUAGACCUAAAUUUGAUAUCUAAUAUAUUAUCUGCAUUUUUUUACUUUUAAAAUGAUUAUCCAUUACUUAAAUCUAAAUGUAAACCGUUAUUUUUUAUUUAUUAAUUAUAAAAAAAGAUCAUUACCCAUAUGAAAAUUAAAAAAAAAAAUGACAAAUCAAUAAGAUGGUCUAGAAAUUGAAUAAAAUUGAAUAGCUAUUACAGUUUAUUUUAAGAAAAUUUUUUCUUCAUGUAUGAAUUUGUAUUAUAUAAUUUUCAAUCUAUUCUAGGAUUACAUGAACUUUUAAAUUCAUGUUUUUAUUUUCUUUACUUAGAUGCUGGUAUUGUAUAAUAUAAUACUUUUGUAAUAUUCUAAAAAGAAUUAUUCUUAUGUAGACAAUUUAUUGAAAUCAUGACCACUAUAUUGUUAUACUAAAUUGAUGAGGUUUGUAUUUAUCAGAUUUUUUAAUAAUUUAUAAAAAUCAAGAUCAAUAUAUUAUGAAUGUAAUGUGAAGAGUUUUGUAUUUUAUAUUAGAAGACUUGUCUCCCUUUAAUGGGAUAAAUUUGCGUAUUUCUUUUGAAAAGUGUUUUUUUUUAAUGUACAUUUUGAUUUAAUUUGUAUAUUUCAAAUGAAGUGAUAUAGUAUAGAAUUCUUUAGAUUGCUAGAUAUUUUUUAAAUCAUUAAUUUCUCAGGCCGAAUUUGCAUUUUAUGAAUAAACCCGUUAAUGUGAUCUGUGCUCCUGAUCUUGCAGAGGUCAAACAAGACAGGAUCACAUAAUACUUGUUUCAUCAUAAUAACUAUUAUUUUUUGUUAUUACAUGGCAGUAUGAAAUAUAUUGCUGUCUAGAAGUAAAAAAAGGGAAAACAAUUUAUGAAUUUAAUUUUAUACCUUCCUGCAACAAAUUGCAUCUUUUUGAAAAUGCAUUUUUUUAAAUGAUCACAUGUGAAUUUUUUAUAGGUUAUAAAGCCUGAAAAAAUUAGUUGUGUUCAAAAUUAUCCUGUUUGUAUUUCACCUGAAAAUCUUUAAUGUUGUCUUUUUAUAAUUAAUUUUGAAUAAUGUGUUCAUAUCUGGAGAAAUAUGUUUAACUGAAUUCCAGACAUCAGUUGGUUCUAAUUUAAAGCAUUAUUUGUGAUUUUAUUCAUGCAUUGAAACUCUCAUCAAAGUCUUUCUGAACUAGAGAACCAUUUGUGCUUUGUCAUUUAAUGCAUUAAAACUCUCAUCUAAGAUAUUACUAAGUUAAGUUUACCUGAUCCAACAUAGCAUAGAUUGUAACAUAACCAUCAAAGUUUGUUAAAGAAAAGGUUAUCUGAAUCAUUCCAAAAAAAUGAUCAAUACAUACAUAUGUUGGUAGAUUGAUAAUAAGAUAAUUGGUUUUGCUCCGAACACAUAGCUGUUUAAGUGAACCUGUUCAGAUUAAAUUCAUGUAGUGUAGUAAUAAGCAUUAUAUUUUUAUAUUUUGCAAAAACCUCAUUAUAGAGGUCUUUUAAAAAAUAACUUAGGUUUAUACCUUAUGAGAGAAAAUCAACUAGGUCUUAAAUGUUGCACUUUUUAUCAUUUUACCAUUUUGCUACUGGUUUUGUAAUGUUUUGAGUUAUUCCCCUUUGAUAUAUUAAUUCAGUAAAUUAGGUUUAAAAAGAUUUUUCUAAAUGGUUCCAAUUUUCUGCUUGUUGCAUUUUGGAAGUUUUAAUUAUCAGUCUUUUGUAUGCCUUCACUCCAGCAGUUUUUUUUUUAUGUCUAUCUUAAAAAGAGAAUUUUCUCACAGAUAAAACAUUUGAUCCCAGUUUUACAUUUUUUAAAGUGCUUCUACUUUUGAAAUUAUAAUCAGUUAGGUAUAUUUAAGAAUCUUCUUAUGCUUUCAUAAACAAGAUCAAUAACUCAUACAUUACAAAAUAGACAAUUCAGAAGCUUUUACAUCCAUUCCAAUUUUUUUUUAUUCAUUCCAGUUAUAUGCUUGUUAUUAUAUUUUUUGCUUUUUGUAUAAAACUGCCAUAUUUAUUUAUUGCCUUUUUAACUUAACAACAUUUGUGUGCUGUAUAUGAUGAAUCGUGUGAAUUUAUAAUUUGUGUGUGAGAGACUGAAGCCUAGAAUCUUAGGUAGUGUUGAUAAGUGUCAGGUAAAAUAAAGCUUGCAUGAAAAUGGAGUGCAGCAGUUGUGCGUUUUUCCUAAGCAAACUUAUGCAUACAUGAAUUUUUAUUUUAUCUGCAAUUUUAAGAAUUCCAGUAAUUUUCUGGUUUUUUUUUUAAUUCUGUUACAAAAAAAAAUAUUUGACAGCAUAGCUAUAUAUUUAUAAUUGAAUAGAAUAGAAUAGAAUAGAACAUUUUAUUUUAAGACGGGUUUACAUGAAACAUUACAAACAUAAGCUCUGUAGAGCUUUUUGCUGAUAUUAUAACAAUAACAACACAUACAAUAUUAAGACAUAUAAAACAUACAUAUUAGACAUACAAAGUAAGACAGCUAUAUUGCAUAAGCAAAAAAUAUUCAUAUAUAAAAGCAAAGAACAAACAAGUAAAGCACUAUGUUUUCUUAUGUCAUUAGUUUAACUUAUUUUAACUUAGUUCAGUAUUUGUAAUUUCCAGCAAUGCUCAAAUCAGACAGCUUCCAAAUUUCAAUAAAUAUCUUGACAUAUAGAAGUACUAAAGAACUUUAAGUUGGGAAGAUGUGAGAAUAUUGCAAAAACUAUUAUGGCUGCACAAAUAAAAAAAAGUUUCCCUUUAAAAGGAUUUCAAAAGGUUAAGCUAUGUAAAGGUACUAAAUCUUAAAAAAAAAUCACUAGACCAUAUAUGUUUGGGUCAACUGUUUUCAUUAAUCAAUUGUAAAGUUUUAAGUGUUGAUACAGAUCAAUUAAAUUCUGUUUCACAUGUAUGCUUUAAAAACAUAGAUGAAACUGGCUAUUAUAAACACAGUACUGAUUUAUAGAAUUAUCUCCCUUUAGCUAAGUAUUUUGCUUAUGUGAGGGGCUUUGAAAAUAAGAAUUUGAAAGGAUGUUGUGAGUUACUUGCUAUUGACUGAACUAAAUGAAUUGAAGGAAAUGGGAUAAUUUUUAUACUUGCUGAUCUAUACUUAAAUGGCCAGUCACUUUCUAUUAAUUUCUGAAGUGUACUUUGGUGUCUGACAAAAUAUUUAAUAUAUUUUUCUCAAAAUAUUUGUUUGUACUUUAGUGUUUUUUUUAAUGAAAUCUAAUUUUUUUUUAGUUCAAAUUAUUUGAAUGAUUGUUACGGAAAUACAAGAAAAUCUGCAUCUUUAUUUAUAAAAUCUUUUUCGAUACAAAAUGUAUGAAAUAUCAAAGUUAUAUGAAGAUAGUUCCAUAUGGAUGUUUUUCAGAUAGAGUUUAAAAAAAAAACAAGUGGGAAAAAUGUUUCCUGUUUACAUAUGAAAUUUAGGAAACCCAAAUUAAAUAUUAAAUGGUAUAAACUUAUAGUAAAAAAAGCAUAAAAUUGACAUUAUUUUGUCAGAUGUGUACUUGGAAUGUAUGAUUUUGAAAUGUAAGAGAGGUGUGCAAAAUUGUUAAGGGCUAUUCUAUUAAAAUGUAUGUGGGAGGGUAGGAAGGGACUUUCAAAAUAUCCCUACAACCAAGAACCAUUUUUUAGAUAAUUUUGUAUAAUGGUAAUAGAUGCAUACUGAACAAAGACCCAUGACCCACAUUCAAAAAUUAAACUUCCCUUCCUACCCUCCCACAUACAUUUUAAUGGAAUAGCCCUAACUGUAGUACCAAGGAAAAAGUCAGAAAGACUAGGAAUCAGAGGAUAUUUUUUUCUACAGUCAACAAUUUUAUACUAUACAAAUACUGGUGUCUAGAUAAACCAAAACCAUAUAUGUAUAGUAUACAGGAGAUCUAUGUAUUGUAUACUUUUAUUGCCUCAUGGUAUACUGCUUCAAUUGCAAGAAAAAAGUAACAUUCAAAUGACGGUUUACCUCACAGUUAAUUUUGGUGCCCCUUGUAGUCUAUAUCAAAGCAAUUUGAUUUCUUUAAGGAGUAUGAAUUUUAAAAACUGAAAAUUAGAAAGUAAUUGAAAAUAUCAAAUUUGUUUAUACUCUCAAAGAAGCUAUGGAAAAGUAAAAUACUAUAUUUUCUAACAACAUACUUAUUGGAUAUAUAUAUAUGAAGCUGAUAUCAGUAUAUGAGACACAAUAUUAAUUGUUGCUAAUUAGAUCUUUGUUGUAAUUUGUUGAUGAGGCCUCAUUAAAUUUUCCAACAAUGAAUUUGUGCUAAGAAUUUUUCAAAAGAAAAAAUGUUUCCAAGCAUUAGAGAAAAGCUAUUGUACUAUUUCUUACUCGAUUGCACAUUUGAUUAAAUUAGACUCAUAUUUCCAUUUUUUGGAAAUAUUUUUUUAUUAUUCAUUUAGACCAAAACAAAUAUUUUCAUUGGUCAAAUUAGGCAUUUUAGCCUCUGCAUUAUUUUCAAGACUAUAAUGACAAAUGAAAAUGUUUCUUUACUAUAAGAUAGUAAUAGUUUUUUUGUUUCCAUAACAUUAAAAGAGUACCAGUUUUGCAGUGCCUUUGUUACUUUGUUUUACUUAAUAUGGACGUCAUUAGUGCAAUUUCAUGUAUGUGCAAUUACAGAACUAAUCCAACCAAGGGUAUUAUAUACAACAUGUUGUUUUUUUUUCGUUUGUACGAAGUGAGUUUACCUCUUUUAUCUUAAAUGAAACAUUUAAGGUUGUAAAGUUUAUGUAUUUAUACUGUAGUAUCUUUUUUUUUAAAUCAGAUUUUCAUUUGAUUCUGUUCACUACUUUAGGGCAUUCAAAUUUGGUUACCUUGUAUGAAUGAGUUUCUAUUUAUGAUUAUUUAUGCUAAGAUUUGAUUAAAUAAUUAUGCUCGU